AUGGCUUCGAUGGACAGUAUGGCAGGCAUGAUGGGAAAUAUGGGGGGCAUGGACAUGUCGUCAGACGGCAUGUUUCGUCCAUACAACCAAUGGCUCGCAGCGGUGUACUGGUAUAUCAUUGUUGCUGUCAUUGGGUUUUGUUUGCUCCUGCAUGGUCUGCACAUAUUCAAUGCUCGACUCAGGAUAUGGCAGCUCCACACACAUUCGGUAUCUCAACCUGCGCGGCCGCACAAUUGGGCCUCGCAGUUUCUGGCCACAUGCACUGCCCUUGUUCGAGAAAGCUCCUACCCUCAAGUUUUCGCUAUUUCCAAGACGGGACUGUCCUGGAUGACGCCCCCAUCCCUGGGUCGCAUGUGGAUUAUCCUCUCCUACUGGGUCAUGAUCACAAUCCUGCUUACCUACAAUGCUGUAAUGCACGACGCAUAUUACUGGGAGAGAAUCGGCUUCCGUGCUGCCUGGAUAUCUGUAACCCAAAUACCCCUUGUGAUCAUCCUGGCUGGAAAGGUCAACGUUAUCGGCUUCUUAAUCGGGUCGUCUCACGAACGACUGAAUUGGCUUCAUCGAUGGGUCGCUCGAACCCUUUUCGUCUCGGUCACUGUACAUGGGGCUUUCUUCCUGGCUGAAUGGGUCCGUGCAGACUUCGUGUCCCUUGAAUUGGAAAUGAUGCCUAUGGUCAAGUAUGGAAUGGGGUCUUGGUGCGUUCUCCUUUGGACCAAUCUAACUGGACUCGCACCUUUGCGACACAUGGCGUACGAAUUCUUUGUCCUCCAGCAUCUUGCAUCUGCUGGGAUCCUGCUGUGGCUCCUUUAUAAUCAUGUCCCAUCAUAUGCAAUGUACAACGUAUGGAUAGCCAUUGGGUUCAUUGCAUUCGACAGGGUUGCGUACACUCUGUGGUUUGCGUACCGAAAUCUCACCUGCCAAGGUGCUGCUGCAAAGUCCAAUCCCUUUGCCUGGCGCGCUGGGUAUCGCGCCGAGAUUGAGGCGAAAGACGGCGAGGUAACGAUCAUCACAAUAAAAGAUGCCAGAUUCAAUUGGAGACCUGGCCAGCAUCUGUAUCUUUGGAUACCGAGGAUUGGAUGGAUCGAAUCUCAUCCUUUCACCAUAUCCAACGCUGCCCCAGAACCCUCCGGAGAAUCAGCUACCAGAGAUGCACAACUGGCCAUUCGUGCCCACUCUGGCUUUUCAAGGCGACUUUAUAAGAAAGCUCAAGCCGCACAGCCCCAAAUACCGACAGUGAUGACGGCAUUCAUCGUUGGUCCAUUCGGUGCUCCUCCGGCCUGGCAAACAUUUGAAACCGUCCUUCUCAUUUCUGCUUCUACAGGAGCGUCUUUUACACUGCCAAUCCUAGAAAGCAUCCUCUGCAAUCCGGGAUGUGUUGCUCAGCUCAGGUUUCUGUGGCUUGUGCGGCAGAGACAGGAUUGCGAUUGCUAUCUUGACCGUCUAAAGGCAUUAGCCUCGCAAGCCGAAUCCCUCCCAAGGAUUUCCGCACGCAUCGAGAUAGCUGUCUCUCGAGAAUUUACUGAUGGUGGUGAUGUCAGGGAUAUAUCAGAAUGUAGCUGCUCAUACAGUCCGCCUGCAGAUACAGAGAUCAAUCCCAUCACAGCACGGGAGAAACUUGAGAUCAACCAAACGAGUCUGGUCACAAAUCCUGAACAUGUACCACUUAUGCAAAUGGGGAAAGAGGGAGACAUUGCUCCUCCCACUUGUUCUGCAAGUGCUUCCGAAGCCUACACGAGAUGCAAAGCACCAGUGCACUUCUCUCUCAGGAGAGCGAAUCUUCAAGAGUUCAUCCUUACUCCAGUUGAGAAGGCUUUUGGCGAAACUAUGGUUGCUGUAUGUGGAGGAAAGCGCUUGACUUCGGACGUGAGAAACUGCGUUGCUAAACUUUCAGAUGAUCGGGCUGUUCACAAGGGGACAGGAGCUCAGGGAAUCUGCCUUUAUGUCGAAGAGUUUGCUUUUUAA